GCAAGAUCACAUCAAGUAACAGUGCCACUGCAUACAUACCAUGAAGCCAAAGCUGACAGAAUUGAAAGACGUUUCGGCGACCAUGGAACCCGAAGCUAAAUCGCCGCUUGUGACUAAGGAAGAAGUGCUGAGUAUACUGUCGAAAAAACUCUCCGGAGAGUUCGAGCUUGUCGAGUACAAGCUCCGCUCAUUAAACUCAACCAACGGCUUCCUCGGAAUCUAUUACGGACUCACGGCCCUGGUGAAAAUCGACGGAGUGACCAAGGAGCACAAGUUUUUCCUGAAGGCUCAACCCUCGAAGCAGAGUCCUCAGUUCGAUCUGCUGAUGGCGGCAAAGGCGACGGAAAAGGAGUCGGCGAUGUACACCGAAAUCAUACCGCGCAUGGGAAACGGGAGCUGCUGUUCCGGCUGGUCGGCCAAGUGCUAUUUGACCAAGGAAAACGUCCUGGUCCUCGACGACCUGUUCGCCCAGGGUUACGUUACGACGGACAAGUACGUGCCCUUCGACUACAAUCAUUGCCUGGUCGUCCUUAGAUCCUUGGCCCGAUUCCACGCCGGGUCCUUCAUAAUCGACGAGAAGCUCAGAUCGGAGAACAAGAGUCUGUUCGAGGUCUACGGCGACAUAUUGGGCGAGUCGUUGUACAACGAUAGCGGAAUAUCAACGCGAAUGCUGAGCUCGUGCAUCCUGGGAACAAUGUCAUUGAUCGACCUCCUGCAGAAGGAGUUGAGCGAGUCGGAAAGGGCCGAGUUCAAGGAACGCGUCAGACCGUGGGGCGAGAAUACGGAGGAGCUUUUGAACCCUUCGAAAAAGUAUAGAAAUGUCAUUUGCCACCGCGAUUUAUGGGCCAACAACCUGAUGUUAAAGUACGACGCUUCGGGUAAGCCGGAGCACUGUUGUCUGAUAGACUUGCAGAUUCUUCGUUACAAUCCACCGGCGACCGACUGUGUCUACGUUCUUUACUUGACCACCGACAGAGAGACGAGGGACAAACACGGGGAAUCGCUUUUGCGAAUGUACUACGAAACGUUGGAGAGGGAAUUGAUGAACGCGGGACUCGAUUCGAAACGCUGUCUCGACUGGCCGACCUUUCGGAAGAGCUGCGAAGACACGAGGUCUGCGGCUAUUGUUUAUGCGAUUAUGAAUUUACCCGUGAUGCUACUUCAUCCUGAUAUGAUUAAGAAACAAUUCAACGAAUCGCCAGAGCUACUGAACGAGAGUUUAUACAACGACAGAUCUGCCGUGGUGUGCAAUCAAUUUUUGAAUGUCAAACCAUACCGAGAACGAUUGACUGAAGUCUUACUCGAGGCUUACGAGUUUUUGCCACGAUAUAAAGAAGGCAUCAGACCAUAGCAACAAGAAUUUCGUCUUGCGUUCGUAUUGCUCGAUUCCUUAUUUUUGUAUCAACCAUUGAUUAAAAAAUCUACGUUUUACAGUUU